AUGGCGCCAGUGUUUUACCGAUUAAUGAUGAUCGUCAUCCUCGCCUUUUUAACUGAUCAAUGUCGUGGUAGGAACCCAUUUUGGUUCAGACCCACUCCAAAGCGUGAUCAACAGUAUUAUCAGUGUAAGUAUAGAGGCACUUAGGUCAAUUGUUUUUAUUGCUAGGUCUCCGAACGUUAUUGUCAAAGUAGGAAAUUAUAAUUUCAUGAAUGCUGGUAUUUCAGUGCUACGUUUUACACCCUCAAGGAAUUCUUCGGUUAACACCACUAGGAGAACGAGGGAGACGAGAAGAAAAGAGGAACUCCUUGUUUUCUUUGGUGUUUAAAGACCACUAUAGAUAAUGGGGGUGGUACGAUUUCGUCAUUGCAUCAGGAUAAAAAAAACGUAUUCUUUAUAGCGAAAUAAAACCUCUUGCCCAACCGAUUCACCUUUUUCGCUAGAAAAAUACUGGUUCAAGUGCUCUCAGAGUCUUAAACGAGUGCAUAAUCAUACUCUUGGUAAAACUCAAAGAUCCAUAAGAGUUCAAUGUGUUUGAUGGGCGAAAGGUUAAGUUGAUUAGGAUUUUGAUAUAAGUACACGUAAGUAACACGUUAACGCGUUUCCAUUGUGUGCCAGUGUCAGUGUCAGCUCCUUAUGGAGAGCAAGCAGAGCACGUUUUUGAUUUAUUUAUGUAUUUGGUUACUCAUAUAUUUUUUUUAAAGCAUUUCAACACGUGCCGACUGAAAAUGAGACCGCAACGAAAUUGGUCACCAAUUUCUUUCGCAUACCCCUAUCGUACUUGUCUCAGAUUGGACGGAGCAAGAGGCAGGUCACACAGGAAGAUAUCGUGGUGAUUCUGGAUCGUUCAGGUUCGAUUGGGGACUGUAACUACGAAAAAGCAAAGCAAGCCUUGAAGACCAUGCUUGACAUUGCGUCAGAAAUAGGAUAUGACAACAGAUAUGCAGCAGUGACAUUUGCAAGCCAUGCCACGACCGAUUUUACUUUUGUUGCUAAUCCGGACGCAGGAAUUAAGAUAAAGAACCUUCCCUAUAUCCGUGGGGCAACCAACACUCAGGCUGCAUUACAAGAAGCAAAAAGGGUUUUUGAAGAUCCUUCUUCAGGUAUGUGCAAAUUCAUUUUCGAUCGAAAGCUUUUAUUUUAAGCAGAGAGCGUCAACAGUUACAACAGCAUUUCUCUAGAACAAUCUGCAAUCUACGGCUCCACUGGUAAUGAUCUAAAGUUCUGUUAGUCAUUAAGUUAUAAAACUAUAACCAAAACCAAGCCAGCCUCGAUUUUGUGCAUAGACGGUAUAAGUCUUUCUCUGAUAGAUGAAUAAAGGGGGGUAGGUUUCUAAAGAAACUGUGGUGCUGCGUCGGUGGGAGAGUAUAUCAGGGUAGCUUAGUAAUAUCAACUGAGUUGGUAAUGUAAAUUGGCCACCGUAAAGAGUUUCAAAGCUGACGUUUCGAGCGUUAGCCCUUCAUCAGAUUUCACUCUGACGAGGGAUGAACGCUCGAAACGGCAGCUUUGAAACUCUUUACGGUGGCCAAUUUAUAUUAUCAACUCAGUUGAUAAUACUAAAUUACCCUGUUUCUCUGAUAGAAGUUGCGAUGUGAUCGAUCAUAAGUUCUGCCGCUACAAUUUAACUAUUGGCUACAUGCUUAAGGGACACAUUGAAAAUAUUGUGUGCUUUCCACAAUAACUCUAAGUCAAAGUCAGUUACAAUGAUCUUUGAUAAACCAGCUUAAUACUUUACAUCUUAACAUUAGUUUUCAUAUAAUCUUUUGCUGUUCUCUUAAUGCUUUCAAUGCCGAGUGCUGAUAAGGAGAAUUUGUUUGACAAUCUGGAGCUUCUUAAAUUGGCGAUCACUUCCUUUAUUAUCUUAACCUUUACAUUUGAUUUAAGGGUGGUACUCAAAAAAGAAAUUAGAAUUUACUCAGCCUUUGGGGUUAAAUGACUAUGAUUUUUAGUGAAAAAACCUUUGAAAUACGUUCACUGUAAAACCUACUUACUGUAUUCAUUUGUCCUUUUUCAAAGGGAAACGUCCGGGUAUUAAAAAGAUUGCUUUCCUUAUCACCGAUGGGCAAUCAAACGUUGAUCCCUGGAAGACCAUACCAAAUGCUAACUUACUGAGAGCUAGUGGUGUGGAGAUUUUUGUCGUUGCUGUUGGAGAUUACAAAACAGGAAUCAGUGAAAUCGUGGAAAUAGCUUCGCCAGACCGUAAAUACCACGUGUUCCGCGUCGCUGACAUGAAUGGCUUCCUGGAUGUUACAAAUUUGGCUUUUAAGUUAGUUGCUCCCAAGAAAUAUGCAGCUCUAACUCCUCAUAAGCAACUUUGUUAAAACGAUAUAUAUCAAACUUGCCUUCUAUUCUAAGUCGUAGUUUGAAAGGAACAGUAAUUCAAGAUAACUUAUUUUAGCAAUUAAGUAAUUAGUUUAUUAUUUCCCCUAAGUUUGAAUAUCACAUUGUAAUGGAUCCAAGGUCAAGUAGGAAUCGUAGGAAACGUUUUCAACCUUUAAAAUAGAGGAUUUUGUGAGUUCGUUUUGUUUAAUAUUGAUUGAAAGAAGAGCUCUAUUGCUUUCAUAGUAAGUUUGCUUAACAAGGGAAUGUAAUAAACGAAGGCGCUAAUUCAUGGCUUGGAUUAAUGUUGUCAUUAAUGUUAUUACGUCAAGUUUUGUGGUCACUUUUUGUUAGACGUUCAAAAAGGUGGGAAUGGAGAAUUUGGGCAGAAAGGUGGGAGAAUACUGCUGAGGACUGCGUCUGCAGGAUUUAUGGGUAGACGAAGAAAUUAAAAAACAACUUCAUGACCGGAAAAAAAGUUGAAUAUUAUCGUUUUCUAGAUGGCGUUUACUUAGCAUAAAGUUGUAUUAAAUCUCCCGCUCUACGAACUGUCAGACACUUUUCGGUCGAUGGUAAAUUGCCAUCUCACGAUUUUAUGAAGCAGUAAGUUUGCAUAAAUUGAGUUAUUGACUAAAUCGAUUCAUGAAGACUGGCAUGACACUGUGGAGAGGCGCAAAGUAAAACUUUUAAAGAAUUCCCGCAUGAUCUAAGGUUUUUUAGUCAACAACCGUGCAACUUUGUGGAACAAUUGAACUGUGCAACCUGAAGCACUUGACGAACGACUGAGUUUCAUCCUAAAAUAUUGCAAUUGUUGAUCUAAGAGAGCAAAUGGGCCAGGGCAAGAGACAAUGAAUAUCGUGCUUUGGACCACCAUUUCGCUGAUGACGGAACUCCUCGAUGUUUUUCAAGGUCUACCAAGCAGCGUUUCUGGGCGGGGUUACUUUUGGGGCAGCUUGACAUCUUGCUUGAUGAGAAUGUCAACGAUCAGGAGAAUUAAACCAAGUCACAGAGCUCUACGACAAAUGUGCUAAAUAGUCUCCGGUGUUACAAAAGGUAACAUCAUGUGAUGUUGUUUUCUUCGGGGGAAGUUGUAAGAAUAUGCCUCGAUUAUUUUCAUUCUGAUCAAAUACUUACAAGCAAAAAGGAAAGUUAAAAAAUAUUCUGAUUUUAAUACUAUGGAAAAAGACCAACGAUGUUUUGUAUAACAGCAGUUAACCGUAAUUUCAACAAGAUAGUCAGGCCUAAGGUCUCCAAACAAGGCAUUCUUUUUCAUGACAAAGUCAUUUAAAGAAGGGAAUUGCAGUAGUGAAACGAACGUGUCAGCUUUGAUAACAAUAAGCUUUGUUAAAAUGACCGCGCAUGGCCAUUUUGGUCAGUGGUGGAAACAGCUUCAAAAUGCACACGGGAUUUUGUAAAAUUUUUGAUUAACAUGAAGCGGUAAAUUUUUAAAAACCAUCGGAAAUUCUUUUGAUGCAAAUACUAACGGUGGGGCGGACGGUGAAGGUGAUACUUGCCUUCUAAAGCAAAAGCUGUUAUUAUGUACAGCACGUUGCAUCGAUGAACAUUAUAUAUGGCCGAAUACGUAGCCGAGCAGCUGAGGCAGCUCAUGCUCACAUUGUACCUCUAGGCACAACCUCUAAAGAUUUUAAUUAUUUUCCGUUAAAUUUAUUGUUAUUUAUUUAUUCUUGUUCUGCAAUUGAUUAAUUGGCAGCUGUUUCAGCUGAGAAGGAGAAAACUUGACACAAUUGAAGAACACAUAGUGUGACUGAGCUAUUUUUUUCACCACUAAGUGUUGCACGUAGCUGUUCCUCGAUUGAGUUUUCGUGCAGAUGUAUCCCGAAAUUGUCCUUAAUUCAAAUAUGUUAUUAAUAUCUACAUCAUACGCAGAAUAUUACGUGAGCGCAUACUUAUACGUACGCCUACUCAAUUUGAUAAUAUCUCAACGCUUGAAGAUGACGUUUGCAUACACGCUCUACAACUUUUGCAUCUUGUCAGACUCACUUGAACCAUUUUCUCUAAACCACCUGAAAGUAUCACCAAGAAUAUUACCAUAUGCUUAUAUUCAUUACAUUGAUUUAAUUGCUUUGAAGUGCGUCAUCCGACGUUUUGAUUCAUUGAUUAAGCUUCAUCACCACCACAAAAGUGUAGUCUUCAAACUUGUUCUCAUAAAUGCUGGAAGGUGUAACAAAGCAGGUUUCAGUUGAAGGCAAGAUAACUAAAUUACCUCAAUAAAUUUCUAUGUGCCUGUCGGCGAUUUGUACUGAAACGUUUUUGCAGAACAAGGAAACAUGAUUGAGUAUCUAAUCAAUGCGCUGAAAAGGAAAUGUAUCGUAUGCAUUUGUUGCAAAUUAGAACAUUACACUAGUAUACGGAGAGGCAAUUAAAACCUCUUUUAAUCGUCACAAGGUUGACCAAACGUAAAAUAAUAAAGACUGGUGAUUGAGUUAGUCAUGAAACACAGAGCUCUCACUUUUUAUUAAAAUUUUGCAUAUUCUGAAUACAAAUAAAUGAUAACGCCACAGUAGCUAGCACGCAGCACGUCAAAUGGCUGGGUUUCACGAUGCAGCUUAAACAGAUAAGAACAGCCGGCAAAUAUGGGUGGUCAUUUUAUUACUAGAAAUGCGAACACCCAUGAUUUGCAUGUUGGCAGUGGUGUCGGAAGAUGUAAGGUUCUUUCAUUUACCAAAUAAAAUGGGUUUUAGUGGGAUAAAAUGCUUAUCAUUAAUGACACAAAUUACCUAGACUAAGAAGUGAAGAAGGAACUCUCGAUUGGCAAAGUGCGUCCACGGUUUAGCCAAAUAACUUCAGUCACCCUAAACACACAGUAGUAAUGCAAGAGGCCUUUUUCGGCUACAGGGUCAGCUUUUACUUUUACUAGGUCACCCUGGUUUGCAUUAAGUCAGUUUCUCUAAACAAAUGAUAUAAUAUUGUCAUUAAUUUCAUGAACCCUAUUUGGAUUGGAAUUAAACCCCAAAACAGACCUAUUUUGCCUUGAGGUAUAGAAGAUCAUUGCGUACUCUUUUUUUAAAAUGCUAGCUAGUCGCUUCGAAGGUAGAACAACUUAAUCGGUGACACGGAUGUAAAUGGAGGAAGCCGACUCAAGUGGAACCAAGUGGCAUCUGUCACGGAAUCAAUGCGUCUUUCAUUCCUGCGCGUGUCUACGUUAGCUCGUUUUUAACGUGAUCAAAGUAUUGCAAUAAACCUGGUUUUAUUUCUCAGAAGUAAAGCUAUGCUAACAGUUUUGAUGUACAAAGGGCUGAAAAGGAAACAGAACUACAGCAGCGUAUAAGGAAGAGCAAAGUUUCAAUGGGAAGGCUCGGCCGUAGGAGGUCUAAAAAGCAGGCGUCGAACUGAUAAGCUUCGACGAUCCGCUUUGGAAGUCGAAGACCUACAUUUUUGCAGAAAGCAAUACUAUACUACUAAUAAGUUAUGGAUAAGAAGAAACACAUCACCUAACCGAUCUAUCUUACGGCGAAUAUCAAACUAAAAUAAGGCCGAACACCUUUUCUCAAUCGGCACCACAAAUACGUGAGGGAACAAAAACAAAAGACAAAGACUAUCUUUGUUCAAAGUUUUCUAACCGGCAACUAACUGUCACAAUGUUAUUGCGCUAAAACGUGCAGCUGUGGCCACUGGUACCUAUAGCAAGAUUAAAUGAUAUUUCUCUUGAUUAGUAAUAUCGAUCAGUCUAUGAAUUUCGAGGGCUGUUUGUCUUCAGACAUCAAAUCUAAGCUUGAACAAUAUUUUGAUCUCAAUAAAAGACACAUUGAUGAGAUAAUUAUAGGUUUCAAUACACUUCAUGAUUAUUCACAAUGUUCGAAACUUCCCUAUGGCUAAAGGUCAGAAUAGUAAAAAGAAACGAGAAAAAUAAUUUGUUGUGUGACUGUGUGUUCUUCAAAGGUAUAUCACGUAGGGAAGAUUUUUGAACCAUUCAAGAAGUUUGAACAUUGCCGAGUGUGUUUUUUUGGCUUAAUCUUUGUGGCCAGUGUUCGAGCCUCGAACGUGAAAUUUUGUGUCAGAGAUCUGGAUCUGGGUUCUCUGCCCAGAUCUCCGCUUGGAAAACAAGGGAAAAAUACAGCUAAGUAACUUUAUACGUGCGAUCAAAGAGAGAACCUGCCAUCCUUGCCAGCUGAAGCAAUCCAAAUUUGGAAUCAAAUUGUUGAGCUGUACUAAAGGUAAACAGUAACAAGGAAGUUAAUUCCUCUCAGCGUGGACCUCAGGUAUGCGGCGGUCACUUUCUCGAACUCAGCCACUGUGAAUUUCAAUUUUUUGCCGGACUAUUUUGCAGCCGUUGAGAUGAAUAGAAUCACUCGCCCAGGAGGGGGAACUAACACUUAUGCUGCACUGGUAAAGGCCACGGAAUAA